GAUAACUUUCCUUAGCAUGCAGAGGAGUCACAAAGCAGUGUCUGAGUCACAAAGCGUUUGCGGGAGAGUUGAUCAUCAUACAGUAGUCUCUCCGGUGAUUUUAAAAGGUUUGGCUCGAAAUGACGACCCAGCAGCCCCCUCUCUCCCAGGAGAUUCUGGCUCAGUGUAACCAGCAGGCCAUGGAACCAUGGGGCUCCCGGAAGCUUCGCCAGAGCCGCCAAGGCUCCAUCUCCACCCUCCGCAGCUCCCUGUCUAGGGACCAACAGCAGCAGCAGCAUCCCCGGUACCCUCUUCUACUCCCAAGGGGCUUCCUCCCUAUCGAGUCCUCAUCCAGGAGGCCCAAUAUCAGCAACCCAAACUCCCCUUUCAUACGCCGGGACUUGGUCGCCCUGACCAAGCGUUUUUCUUUUGGCGGUUGGCUUCAGGGCAGUCGGGCCAGUUUCUCUGGGUUGCCCCUCCAUCAGCCUGUCCAGCUAGAGAACACCUAUAAGACUGAACCAGAGAAGGGAUGUCUUUUUAAAGCCAGUAAGGUCCAGAAGCUUGUGCAAGCCAUGCUGGAUAGUUAUCUGGAUGGGGCCAGCUAUAACGCAGCCUCAGGCAGCCAUCUUAGCCAGAUUCUGUCAGACAUGGUGAAGAGCAAAGUGAAAGAGAUGAGUCCUCCGCGGUACAAGCUGGUGUGUCAGGUGGUGGUGGGGCAGAACAGGAACCAGGAUCUACGAGUGGCCAGUCGCUGUCUUUGGGACUCGCAACAUGAUGACUUUGCAGUUGCCAUGUUCCAAAACCAUUCUCUUUUCACAUUGGUCAUAGUCCAUGGAGUUUAUUGUGAGUGAGUCGUACGCACUGGCAACUGAACAAAAAUAUAAAUGCAACAUGUAAAGUUAUGGUCCUAUGAUUCAUGAGCUGAAACAAAAGCUCCCAGAAAUGGUCCAUAGGCACAAAAAGUUUAUUUCUCUCAAAUUUUGUGCACAAAUUUGUUGACAUCGUUGUGAGCAUUUGCCAAGUUAAUCCAUCCACCUGAUAGGAGUGGCAUAUCAAUAAGCAGAUUAAAAAGCAUGAUUGUUACUCAGGUGAACCUUGUCCUGGGGACAAAAAAAGGCCACUAAAAGUUUUCUCACGUCUCAGAGUGUACCAUGGUGGCGGUGGGGUUAUGUUAUGGGCAGGCAUAAGCUACGGACAACGAACAAAAUUGCAUUUUAUCAAUGGCAAUUUGAAUGCACAGAGAUACCGGGACAAGAUCGAGGCCCAUUGUCGUGCCAUUCAUCUGCCAUCACCUCAUGUUUCACCAUGAUAAUGCACUGUUCCAUGUCGCAAGGAUAUAUUCACAAUUCCUGGAAGCUGAAAAUGUCUAUUCUUCCACAGCCUCCAUAAUCACCAAACAUGUCAACAAUUGAGCAUGUUUGGGAUACUCUGGAUUGACGUGUACGUGUUCCAGGUCCCGCCAAUAUCCAGCAACUUUGCACAGCCAUUGAAAAGGAACAGGACGAAGUAUGCGAAGUAGACGGGUCACGCUGCAUGAGGCAAAUGGUCACACCAGAAACUGACUGGUUCUCUGAUUUGCACCCCUACUUUUAUGUUUUUUUUAUUUUAAAGGUACAAUUGAAGUCAGAAGUUUACAUACACCUUAGCCAAAUACAUUUGAACUCAGUUUUUCACAAUUCCUGACAUUUAAUCCAAGUAAGAAUUCCCUGUCUUAGAUCAGUUAGGAUCACUACUUUAUUUUAAGAAUGUGAAAUGUCAGAAUAAUAAUAAAGAGAAUGAUUAAGCUCAGCUUGUAUUUCUUUCAUCACAUUCCUAGUGGGUCAGAAGUUUACAUACACUCAAUUAGUAUUUGGUAGCAUUGCCUUUAGAUUGUUUAACUUGGGGUCAAACGUUUCGGGUAGCCUUCCACAAGUUUCACACAAUAAGUUGGGUGAAUUUUGGCCCAUUCCUCCUGACAGAGCGGGUGUAAAUGAGUCAGGUUCGUAGGCCUCCUUGCUCACACACGCUUUUUCAGUUAUGCCCACAAAAUUUCAAUAAGAUUGAGGUCAGGGCUUUGUGAUGGCCACUCUAAUACCUUGACUUUGUUGUCCUUAAGCCAUUUUGCCAUUUGCAACUAAGCCUUAACUUCCUGACUGAUGUCUUGAGAUGUUGCUUCAAUAUAUUCACAUAAUUUUCCCUCAUGAUGCCUACUAUUUUGUGAAGUGCACAAGUCCCUCCUGCAGCAAAGCACCCCCACAACAUGUUGCUGCCACCCCCGUGCUUCAGGGUUGGUGUUCUCCGGCUUGCAAGCCUAAUUUUUCCUUCAAACAUAACGAUGGUCAAUAUGGCCAAACAGUUCUAUUUUUGUUUAAUCAGAUCAGAGGACAUUUCUCCAAAAGGUACGAUCUUUGUCCCGAUGUGCAACUGCAAACCAGUCUGGCUUUUUUAUGUCAGUUUUGGAGCAGCGGCUUCUUCCUUGCUGAGCAGCCUUUCAGGUAAUGUCGAUAUUGGACUCGUUUUUACUGUGGAUAUAUACUUUGUACCCGUUUCCACCAGCAUCUUCACAAGGUCCUUUGCUGCUGUUCUGGAAUUUAUUUGCACUUUUCUUCACAUCAAAAUACAUUCUCUAGGAGACAGAAAGCAUCUCCUUCCUGAGUGAUAUGAUGGCUGCGUGUUCCCAUGGUGUUUAUACUUGCGUACUAUUGUUUGUACAGAUGAACGUGGUACCUUCGGGCAUUUGGAAUUUUCUCCCAAGGAUGAAUCAGACUUGGAGGUCAACAUUUAUUCCCCCCCCCCCGAGGUUUGGCAGAUUUCAUUUGAUUCUCCCAUGUCAAGCAUAGAGGCACGGAGUUUGAAGGUAUGCCUUAAUACAUUUACAGGUACACCUCCAAUUGACUCAAAUAUGAAUUAGCCUUUCAGAAGCUUAAGCCACAAUUUUCUGGAAUUUUCCAAGCUUUUUAAAGGCAGUCAAUUUAGUGUAUGUAAAUGACCCACUGGAAUUGAUAGAUUAUUUCACCGUCUAAACAAUAUUGAAAAAUUCCUUGCGUCAUGCAAAGUCCUAACCGACUUGCCAAAAGUACAGUUAAAAAAAAUGGAGGGGUUGAAAAACCAGUUAAUGACUCCGACCUAGGUGUAUGCAAACUGACGAAUUCAACUGACCAGAUACCCAUCUGUAUUUCCAGUCUUGUGGAAGCUGUAGAUUAGGGCCUAACAAAAUCCACAAGACAGAUUCUCAUAACUCAGUAGAAUCUUUGAAUUUGUUACAUUUAUAUUUUUGUUCAGCGUAGAUCCAAAUUGCUGCUUAUAAAUAGGUAGUCCACCUGGAUGGACGCUGAUAAAGUCCUAGUUCCUAGGGCCAGAAUAUGUCAACUCUGGUGUAUGGCAAAGACUAGUUUGAGAAUUAAUUUUUUAUUUCACCAACACCAUUGCCAAAUGUGCUUAUUGUACAAAUGUUAAGCUAAUGGGGACACAAAAAGCUUCAACUGUUGUAUUUUGAUGGAUCGGGCAAUUGUCAAAGAAUUCAAAAUGAUC